AUUCGCUCAUUGAAUGUGAUUUGUGAUUCCCUUGUGAAAAUAGAAAGAUGAAUUUUAAUUUUUAAUCUUAUAAUUUCUGUUUCAUUUGUCAUUGGAUCAAAUUGAAUAUGGAUCCAUGAGAGAGAACUAAAAGUAGGCACCUUUGUGACUUGGUAUUUGAAUAUUUUCACUGAUAGUUUUGUGUGAGGUUUUGUGUGUAGUGUGUUCGGAAUUUUUAUUUUUUGUGCCAGCCGCCAGUUUCAAAAAUUUCAGAUUUCAAAUAAUAUCUACACCCUUCCCUAGUUCACCUACUUCAAGUUCAAUAUGCCGCCGAAAAAGAAACAAACCCCUAAGAAUGCUUUCUUUUAUUUCAUGAUGGAAUUCAAAGAUAAGCAUGGCAAAAAAUAUAAUAGCAUGCAAGAAGUAUCAGAUGCAGCUGGGCCCCAUUGGAGCAACAUGUCAAAGGAACAACGUAGACCUUAUGAGCAAAAAGCUCUGAUGGAAAAAAACCAUGUAAAGCCUGUUAAACUCACAUCAGAGGGUCUGGAUAUCGAAGAACUGGAAAUGAUGGAAAAGCAAGAGCAAAUGAAAAUACAAGAAAUGAAAGAUGAAAUCAAUUACACAUUGAAUAUGUCAAAUAAAAAUGGUAGGAUCAAGGAUGAGCUGUUCUUCAUCAUCCACAUCAAUCACUUUUGUUAUUGUGAAUCAGAAGGCAGAUACUAUCCUGCUGAAAUUGCUAUAUCAUGCUUCAGUUUGGAGGAUGGGGUUUUGCCUCAGAAUGUAUUUCACAGGUGCAUCCAGCCAGGGAUGUUACCUAGGGGUUAUGCUCAUGAUGCAAAUCUAAGGUCUAAAGAGUCCCACCAGUUGCCACCACCAAUGUAUGGAGAAAAUGAAAAUAACAUGGAGGAGGUUUAUAUGGAAAUGAAGCAUUUUUUGCAGACCAAACUGUCUGGUUCUAAACGCAUGCCAGUUCUCUAUGCUGAUGAAAAAAUGGUGAAAAUGGUGCAACAUGUAUUGGACAUGUGGUGCUAUGAUUUCCAUGAGCAGAAACCUCUUUUCAAGGUUUUCAACUUGCAGUACAUGUUCAGAUUGUUGAGAAACAUUGUGGCAGGUUAUAAUGUCUGGGUCACUGACACUUACAGUGCAAGGGAGAUAGAAAAGGAUGUUUAUGCUUAUACUGGUGGGUUAAGCUGUGAGAUUCAUGAAGUUUCUGAUGUAGUGGUGCAUUGCAGUAGAUCCAUUGUGAUCAGAUAUGCAUACAUAAUCUGUGACAACUGCUGCCCUGAUUUGCAUAUUGUGAUGGUCCCAGGGACGCAUGUGCCCGAUACAGCUCUGAUGCCUGGCCGAUCGGCCAGUAGAGCCAAUUCUAUCUGUUCUGCUUCUUCUACCAGAUCAUCGAAAUUGCGUCCGUCGACGCGCGAAGACGACUCCGACUCGCUGGUCUCAUUCUCGAGCCGCUCCGAGUGGGACAACUCCUCGGUGACGUCAUCGUCGCACAUGACGCUCGAGAGCGACGACCAGUUCCCGCUGCUGGGCGGCCGGGGGGGCAGGAACAAGCCGCCCUCGCCGCCCACCUCGUUCCACCACUACUCGCCCGACGAGAGCAGCGAAAAGUCCAGCGUGAAGAGCUAUUCGGGAGCGACGGGCAGAGCGGGCAUGAGCCAGAGGUCGAUGGAUUUGCCGUCAUCAGUGAUGAAAAACGAUGAGAAAUAUCAACCCAGUGCAUCUCUACCGCCAUCGGACUUUUGGGGCCGCGGCCGACCGUUAGGCGAGUCCCAAAAUAGGGACAACGCCAUCAAUAGGGACGACGUCAAUAGUUUCCCCGCCCUCGGAAGGGCUAGGGGAUUAGGGACGCGUGGAAGGAGGCCCAACAGGAAUCAGUAAGGAAAUCGGAAUAUAUACAGUGCGACGGGCAAACAAUCAUCUGUCAGAUAAAUUUGGGUGUAGGUGCUUGAAGAAAUUUGUGAGUCACACUUUUAUUCGAUGUGGAGGAUAUUCAUUUCUUCCUUGGAGACUGAAAAGUUUGCAUGACACUUGUGAAUUUCGUUCGAAUUUGAGCACUUGUGUAACCAACUUAAUCUUUCUUUGCCCUUGAAUAUUUUGCAAAUUGUUGCCCUGGACUAAAAAUAAUUUGACCUCUGUUUACGGAAAUUCAUGUUUCUAUUUCCGACGAUUUGAACAUGAUACCUAAUGCAUCUUCCUGAAAUUUUGUAAAAAAUAUCAUUGCAUCGAUAUUCAAGAAGUUUUAAACUUUUUUACAUUAAUUGAGGUAGGUACCUAGCUUUUUAGAUUGGUGAUUCAUUAUUUCUUUUGGUAUUUAGAAAACAACUAACAGGGUGUUGAAUCAACUUCUCGGCAAAUUCUGACACCUUUGUAUCAGUUUUUGAACAGCAGAUGAAACAUUGAUUACAAAAAAGAACGUCAUGAAAUACUAAAAUUAUCUGUAUGAAAAACCACUAAAUCCCUGAAAGAUCUAAUUUCAGCAUUCAUAACUGCUAAACUUCGAAAGAAAUCUUCAGGUUGUCGUACAUUCUUUCUCAAGUAUUCAAAUAUGACUUUGACAUUUCAAAUAAUGAAAUCAUAUGGGCAUAUACUGUCUGAUAUCAAAUGGAAAUAGUGAUUCUGAAUCUCAUCCUAUGAAACUGACAUUGAAUGAUGAC